GCUCAGCCUGCCCAUCCUCCCCACAAAUACGGAAACCCCUCUGCAGUUGGUUUUGCCGCCUUUGCUGUCGGUUCCUUUAUCCUUGGUGUGGUCAACACUGGGCUCUUGACCGAUAUUCCUCAUGUUGCUGUUGGUGUUGCUCUUGGCUACAGUGCGGUUGGUCAGUUUGUGUGCGGAAUCAUGGACCUGAUUAUCGGCAACACAUUCGGUGCCACCACCAUGCUGACCUUCAGUGGAUUCUUCCUUUCAUACGGUAUCAUGCUCUUGCCUUCGACCGGAACCUUCCAGGCCUUGGCUGUCAAGGGUGCAGAUGAUCUCGAGAAGUGCAUUGGUCUCUAUAUGCUUGCAUUUGCCAUUCCUUCCUUCUUCUACUUUGUCGGUUCUCUCCGCCAGCCUUACUUUGUCCGUGCCGUCCUUCUCCAGGUCUUCCUUACCUUUUUCCUCGGCUCUGUCUCAGCAUUCACUGGCGUAGCAGUACUUGCCAAGAUCGGUGGUUGGUUCUCCAUCACCUUGUCCGCCACUGCUUGGUAUAUCACCUGUGCCAUUCUGUUCCGGGAGCAGCCUACAAUCAUUUCCCUUCCUCUC